AUGUUUCACGAUGAGCCUCGGGCUUGCAGUACACCAACUCCACCUUCAGGAAGCAGUUCACCCGUUUUUUGUGAAACGGAACAACCCGAUAAUCCGCAAGGAAGCCGUGAAAUGAGUCCAUGCAAACCGGUGGAAUACGACAUUUGUAUUGUUGAAAGGCUGAUGUACAGAAACAGUUCACCAUGCGAUGAAUUGACGGGGUUCGACAGAAUUUUCGAAGACCAACUGGCGAACCUUGCUAUAUCGGAUACCAAAUACAGGGCGUUGAGGUCAAUUGACGAACUUGAUCGAAGACUCGCUGAUAAUCUGCGUCUGAUGAAGCAUGACCGUCUUCUACCAAUGCAGGCUCAUGCAAUAUCUAUAAUACUGGAUCGCGCCAAGUUAGUUGUACGGGCACCGACAGGUAGUGGUAAAACAGCUGCCUUCUUGAUUCCAGCUGUCCAACUUGUCAUUCAACAUCAUGAAAGGUGCACCAGGAGAACGGAACUCCCACUGGUUCUCAUCCUUGGCAAUACGCAAAACCUAAUGGAACAAACAUUCAAAUUCGCGUGUUCAAUGGCCGGUUAUGAGCCAGACACCAAAGUAGCACGAACUCAAGUGAGAAUACUAGAUUUGUUUGGGGGUGGAUCUGGUUUUGUUCGACUGAGGAACACUGUCUCAAUAGAGCAAGAAAUUGUCAUUGCUACAUGUGGUGGGGUAUUACGAGCCUGCGAGUUGGGAAAGCUGAACCUGUCGGAACUUCAACUUCUUGUCAUCGACGAAGCUGACAAAAUGACCGAUUCUUUACGAGGUUUCGGCUUUGAAGUCUCAGAAAUUCUAUCCAGGAUUCCUGAGAAAACAAGGGAAAAACUACAAGUAGUGGAGCUAUCCGCCACUUUUAGUGAAGAAGAUAAUAAUGUGAUGCUUUCUGAAUUGGAAAGGGAGCUUUUCGGUGGUGAUAUACCAGUCUUUAUUGAUCUUCCUGCACCGAAGGGUUAUGUUAUACAGAGAGUUAUUGAGAAGGGCGAGCGAUCUUCAUGCGGGAGAUUUGUGCGGCAGACUUUCGACAAAGAUCUGGGCUGGUUAGUUGGGCUAAUUGAAGCGGAUUUGCGUCUUCAUGGGAUGAAAAAAGAAGGCCCUUUCAAGAAAUCGACAGUGAUUUUUGUGGAGAAGAAAAUUACAUCAAAUUAUCUCGCAUUGUUUCUUCAGCAACUGGGAUAUUGUUUCGAGCCAAUGAAUUCUGAUUACGCAAUCGCUGACAAUCAAGAAACCAUUCGAAGGAUGUUGAACGGUGAGAUCCAGGGUCUGGUGUCCACGAAUAAACUCUCGCGCGGGCAGGAUAUUCCUGAUGUAGAUCAUGUAAGUGAAGUUAAUCUAUAA